UUUCCUUUCUUCAAUUGAUGAACGAAACAGUGCUCCACCAGGUGUUUAAAACACUGACUGUUGUUUUGUAACCUGCUUUAAACUUCUCCACCACUUUCUCCUUGACCUGCCUGUUGUGUUUGGUUUUCAUGACGCCACAUCCUCGCUCAUGUUUUCUACCUCUGAGAGCUUCAGAGAACAGCUGGAACACAGGUGGCCUCUGUUUAGUAAUUAGAUAGUAUCUGAAGGCUAACACUGGCUUUUAUAUUGGGGAGUAUAAGGGCACGGAUGCCAAAUGCAAAUGCAUGCCACCGUUUUCAGAUUCUAAUUCCAGAAAAUUAUUUGAAAAUACUUUUAUUGUUGCAAUGUGUUGCUCUGUCACACAUAAGUCCAACAAAAUCCAUUAAAGUUGGCUGUAACGUGACACAACGUGAAAAAGUUUAGGGUUGUGGAUGCUUUAGCAAGAUUCUGUAUACUGCCAAUGAGUUACAGUCAGCUGCUGAGCUAGACACCCGGAGCCCCUCAUCAGGAAUCGCUAGUAAUCCCUCGAUUUCUCCCUCCUUUCUCCUCCCCCUCCACCCGUUCUCUCCAUCCCUCUGCGUUCCUGCGAGGACGUAUGCGCAACGGAGCGGAGCCGCUUCAUCUCCUGAAGCCGAACCCAGGCAGCGUCUCGACGGACUCGGUCGGAGUGUUGCUCCCUGCCUCCCGGAGAGCUUCGUCCUCUCCGUCCCUCUCUCUCUCUCUUUCUGUAAAGCAGACCGCGCGCCAGGUGUCAUGACGCACCAAAAAAACUGGCGCGUGUCCGAACUUCUCCCCGCAAGUCUGCCGCGUGCGCACAUCGCUUGAAGUCGGGCCCUCGCUCCCUCUCGUGCGCGGAUCAAUCCAAAUGAGAGCGUGUUCGUCAGCCCCGGGCCCGUUUGUCAUCUCCGUCCCGCUGUCACAGCUGAUGAUGUAAUUGUUUCUCCUCCAGAUGGAUCCGCGCUCCGCUGCUCCUCCUGCGUCGCUUUUCUCUCGGAGUGAAAAGAGUCGCUGCAGAAUGUGCCUCUGAAACUUGGACCGCUGACAGAAAACCACCACAUGAGGACAUUUUACGCUUCAACUCCUGCUAAACUUGAUCAACUUUCCUUAACAGGAGCGCGCGCUCGUUUGAUGCAUUGUGUUCUCGAGGAGGGAGAUGGGGAGGAACCAUCUGUAUCUGGGGUCAUUUGGUACGAUCUAGUGGAUGUAUGGAGGAGAGCAGCCCGAGGAUGACCGGCGGAACCCGGGAGGCUCCGGUGAACAUCUCCCCGGCGGUGGCUGCCCACGCAGAGGGCGAGGAGAUCGAGGUUUUGGAGAGUACCGACGUCCUUCCCGUAGCUCCAGAAGAAGUAUACGACCCGGAGAAUUCAGGCUUCAUCAGCACAGAGCGCUUCAGGGACCUGCUGGCGACCCACGGCUCUGAACUUGAUCCCCACAAACUGGAAGUGUUGCUGGCUCUCGCUGACGGCAACUCUGAUGGAAAAAUCUGCUACCAAGACUUUGUCAACUUGAUGAGCAACAAGCGCUCCAACAGUUUCCGGAGGGCCAUUCUGCAGGGCAGCAGGCAGCUGAAGGGCUGCAGUCUCAGAGAUGAGGUGGGCUUGGGGCUGUCCCAGCGGCUGGUUCGCCAUGUUGCCUACGAAACGUUGCCCCGCGAGGUUGACCGCAAGUGGUACUUUGACAGCUACACAUAUUGCCCCCCUCCUUGGUUCAUCCUGGCGAUCACCAUCGCAGAGGUAGCAGUGUUCAUGUACUAUGGAAUCCAGCUGGAUCGUUUGGUCCUGCAGGUAUCCAGUCCAUCCUUCCUGAAAAGCCCCUUACCCUACCAUCCCCAGCUGCGAGCCCAAGCCUGGAGGUACUUCAGCUACAUCUUUAUGCAUACUGGGAUUGAACAUCUGAGCCUGAACAUGGCCAUGCAGCUGCUGGUGGGAGUCCCUCUUGAAAUGGUCCACGGUGCCCUGAGGAUUGGACUGAUCUACGUGUGUGGUGUGCUGGCAGGUGGGGACAAUAGCUCUAAUCUUCAUCCUGAACACACUUUACCGUCACGCCAUCUGCUUUUUGUCUAUGUUCAUGCAUUUUUACAACAUAUUGGAAUCAGCCCUGUGUGCACACUAGUCGACAAGAAGUCUGUUCUUGUGUGACUUGAGGACAGAUGGUUUUGUCUGUCUUCCCAGCAGACGUGAUGGGAUGCAGGGGGGUGUCAGUCCCCCACCAAGAGGCCCGCAAUAUUCAUUUAUGAGAGGGGACGACAAAGAGAUGAAAUUCAGUGAAAGAAACACUCACAGUAAUAAUAAAAUAUGAUGAGAGGGAAGAAAGGGAGAAGAGACAAUUUUUUGUGGUAAUAAAUCAGAAAGGCUCGGAAGAGAGAGGCAAUGAUAUUAAAUAUGGAAGAUGAGAGGAAGUGUACGAGAGUUGGAAAAUAAUCAAAGUCACAUGAAAUGAAAAAGUCAAUGCAGCUUUUGAAAAGAAAAUGUCAACACUCCACUUCUACUUCCCUGUAAACCUCAGAUUGAAGCAUUUCACUUUUCGUCUCCAUUCGGCUGACUUAAAGAUCGCUGAGUGUGUGUGUUGUGUUUAUAUUUGCCGAACCUGUAAUGACUAAGUCCUCGGAUCCCGCUGAGCUGUGUCCGUAAGUGCUGUGUGGUAAAAGAGGAAAGAACAGAUUUUUCCAAAGAGCUCACAUUGAAACACUCAUUACUUAUUCUGUGUUUGUAUUUCUGUGUUUCUCCAUGAAUCCAUUUGUAUGUGUGGCGUGUUGAAGGGUCACCGACACAGACCCUCGGGAUACCAGCUGAGGUGACCUUUAGUUUUAACCUCACUCUUAAAAUGAGGAGGAAACUGAACUAUAAAUCACACAUCGUCAAUGCACACACGAAAACACACACACGCACAGACAUGUCUGCUGUUUUAAUUAGAUAUCGACCACCAACAGAAGAGCAGAUGCACAGAGUGGCUGCACUGUUAGGGUUAGUGUCACAUCGGACGGUUUGGGUAAUUGGCAGUAAAGUUCUGCCAGAAACGCACAAUCUCACAACAAGUGGAAAUUUGCACAUCAUUGUGCUCUCUCUCUCUAUACAUGUGUGUGUGUGUGUGUGUGUGUGUGUGUAUAUAUAUAUAUUUUUUUAAUUUGUUUUAUACUGUAUGUAAAGAUGUAUCCGACUGUCUAUUCUAUCAAACUCUGCUUC